AUGGUCGGCCUCCCCGUUUCCGGCAUCGAAGACGUGGACCAGUUCGAUGCCCUGGGCAUUGACCCUACCGAUCCGCCACUUACGCGUCGCCCUGUAAUCCAGCCCCAGAUUCUCGACGAUAUCAUCCUAUGGCUAGGGACACUCCGCAGUCCGACUAACGAAGUUCCUGAAGACUUCUACCGGAACCGAUCCGGCCAUCGCGCGACCUGGGAUCCGUUAGUCGUAGAUGCCCUGAACUUCUCUCCCUCCGUGGCACGUGGCUCCGUUUUCCUGCCGCGUGGUACCACUACACUCCCCAGGCUCAAUACGAGCGAGAUCGCGGCUCUAUUCACAAGAUUCAACGCAGCUGGCGACCUCUCCUUCCUUGACAACAUUGUACGGCCACCAACUCACAGACAGCAAGACAAGCCGGCAGUUGCUGAUGGCUUCAAGAAGACCGCGCAACGAGAACCUGUUCCCCUCGAAGAUGGCGCUGUCCCUGCAUUACCUGGGAAAGAAGCCACUGGUAGACAGCGAGAGCCGAUCACUUGCCCGGAAGAUGACUUCCAAGCAAAUGUCAACGAGAUGAAUAAGGCAGCAAUGGAGGGGACAGCAAUGGAGGGGGUGGCAAAAGAGGGAACGGCAGUAGACGGACACAAACCUGAAGCCAGUAGCUCGCACGACGAUGAAAUGCAUUCGGGGUCGGAGUCAGAGGACGAUAUCAUCGUGGCGAUGAAGGCAUCAUUCGCGAAGAAAGUUCAGUCGACUUCAAGCGCCACUGGCCUCCCCGUCCCAGCAUCUGGCAAAAAGACUACUGGCCCUGACCGCACAUCGGACAGCACCAACAGCGCUGCUCCACCGCCACCCGCUACCGCCCAUGUCCAUGACGUCGCGCCACCAACCAUCCAUGGGAUGGAAAAGAAGGACAGUGACAUGAACCACAAGAGCUCCAAGGCCGCAAGCGAUCAGAGCUUCGCCCAUCGCCCCCAGCCAAAAUUCAAGAGCGCGCCAAAGACAAUCCAGGGUCAUGUCAAGAACAAUGCUCAGGAUCAAGUCCAUGACGAAGUGUCUCGCCUUUCUGAUGAUAUCAAGGCCACUCAGAAGACGGUUGGUCGCUUCGGAGGUCCUCUCGGCAUUGACCUGGCAUUGCUGAAGCGUCCGGACAAUCGGCCGUUGCACGCGUCAUCUGGCGGCCCGCCACGCGGUGGCAGAGUUCGUCGUCCAGAGGGCACCGAGUCCAGCAGCGCCGAUGCGACGCUCGGCAAUGCAGGUGGUGGGGACUGGCAACUCUGCCGCUCGUCCUGGUCGCAACAGCACCGUCUUCACCGACCCAAAUGCGCCCAAGAAGACGACCUAUGGCAAGUUCAAGCUCAACCAACAGCCUCCUGUUUGGUCAGUCAAGGGCUUCCCAUCGACGGACUUGGUCGCGAUCGGACAGUCGAAGAGAAAGGAGCCUCACGAAGGUCUGUCGAAGGGGAGUCCUUCGAAGGGCAAGAAGCGGGGGAGAUGAUGAUGAUGGAGAGGAAUGAUGGACAGCCGAUCAACACAGAGUCUGCGGCAGAUGAGCGUCGUCAGGCCAAGGACAACACCGGCGGAGGCGGUGGACGACCUGCGGCAAACCGCGAAGAGUGA